GUUGCUUUCUGUGCUAAAAUGGAGCACACCGCGUCUGAAUAUACACAUCGCCGUCUACUCAUCGGUCCUGUCAGUGCACAGCGACCAGAUGAGAAGAUGGCUCUGGUCUCGCGACAGGUCCCAAGUCCCGAUGAAAGGAACCAAGAGCACUGGGCUCAGACCUUUUUCCAGGUCGCCAAACGAGAUGGUAUCAAAGCUGAGAUCAAAACCAUCAUAUCGACCGAUUUGCCCAAAUUCGAGGCACAAGACUACUCUCGGUACUUUCACCCAGGCAGACCGAUCCGAAAGCCUCGGGACCAGGAUGAACGAGGAGUCAAGAAGGUCAAUGAUGUCUUUGACACGGACAACCCUGUCAAAAGUUCACCAAACCUUUUUUUCAUUGGCAUGAUGGCAUCCGGCUUAGCUGUUAGAGUGAUGCCUGGAGAGGAGCUCGUCGAGCUCGGCAUACCAAUGAGAGAAGAAGAGAAGCAACAAGACCAGCAGGGCAAAGGGCCAAAGUACUACUGGCAGAGUGGUCGCCUGACUGGCGUCGACGCAGCAGCAGAGGCCGGUAUCGCCAACCUGAGUAUGAGUUCCCACUUCCUGCAGCACCCACGCCCUUUGGCCGCUGGUGUUGGUUGGAGUGGCCACGACCGCUUCCGACAAUUUCAACUCCACGGACGUCAUAUCAAGCGUGAUAUUGUCGAGAAUGAGCCAUUCAGCAAGACGUUGCAGGCUACCUUGACUCUUGCCACUGAGACUGACGGAGCAACGACAACUAUUCCACAGAUGUAA